UCCGAGCGAAUAACGGCUGCCCGUCCAUGUUUAUAUAAAGCCCGGCUCUUAACGAGUUAGCAGUCAGUAUUUUGGUGCAAGUAAGAUUGGAAGUACUCACAACAAGCAGUUCGCAGAUCAACCUAAAGAUGCGCUUCAUCAUCAGCUUGAGUUUGUUUGUGUGCUUCGUUGCACUUUCCACUGCAUUACCAGCCAAAUCAGGGUCCUCAACAAAGGGUUGUUCUAAAGCUUGCCCGUUUAACUAUGACCCUAUUUGUGCACAGCCCCAAGGCGGAUCAGGACCCAAACUUGCGUUCGGAAAUGAUUGUGUAUUAGAGAAUUACAACUGCGAACACGCUAAUGCACGCUACGAGCGCAUAUCGAGUGGAGAAUGUCCAGGAUCGACCGGAAUACGCUUGCAAUAAUUUUAAAUCUUCAGAUAAUAUAAUACUUCAAUGAUUUUGUUCAAUGAAUCUUUGGUAAUAUUUAUGAUAUCCUGUAAUAAACGUUUAUCUAUCCAAUA